AUGAAAACCUUCGUAAGUUGUGACGCUGACUAUGCAUGCACCAUACGGAACUGGAACCCCAAUGAGGAAGGAACGUUCGUCCUGGACCACAUCCCGAACACUCACGGUUCGUUGGAGAUGUACAAUCUAUUAGUGUCGUCAACUACCAGCAAGCUGUUCGACGUCUUUCAAUCAUCGCGGAAAGGAAUAGCGACCUCACUCACCGUGAAAAAGUCCGCUAUACGCAAUUUCGUGUUGGAGAACGGUGCCACUUUACAGUCAGUGGAGUUUGAUAAAACACACCUCAGCUCGAUACUGUUCGGGAAGAAUUGUAGCCUCGUGCAUCUAAGGAUCAAGCACAGCAAACUGUCCCAUCUGCCCAAUUCCAUACAAGAGCUCAAAAACCUUAACAAACUCACGAUCAGUCACUCGCUUAUUCUAGCGGUCAAUUUGAACGUUAUUGCCAAGUUACCACAGCUGACGAUGUUGGAUCUGACCAAAAAUGGAAUACACUCUCUGUACUGUACGGUGGAGGAUGCUUCGUUUCCGACGCUGGCCAACAUGUUCUUACGCGAAAACAAACUUAGAAGCAUCAACAUGAACAUCUUCAACGGGAUUAAGUACCUCGACACUGUGGACCUUUCACACAAUCUCAUCAGCGUUGUGUCGGGAACGUUAGUGUCUAGUGUAUUGAAAUAUCUCGAUCUUUCGUACAACAGAAUCAUCAAGAUGGACUGUUGUAAGUGGAAUGUUCCAAACGUGAGCCAUCUAAUCGCCAGCGACAAUCUCUUUCGCUCACUGCCAAGGUGCAUUGAGCAGGCGUUCGUGAAUGUUUUUCACUUAGAUUUAGACAAUAACCAGCUCGAUCCGGAAGAGCUAUUCCCACUCGGAAGAUUUAAACAUUUACAGUAUAUAGCACUACAAAACAACAAACUCACGAACUUCGUACUGAACGAGACUACUAUCCCAAUGAAUUUGACCGUUUUGAAUUUGAGUAAAAACAAAUUAAGACGCUUGGAAAUUGCUUUCGUUCCCCGUAAGAAUACCUUCAUAGACGUUUCCAUGAACUGUAUCAGCAAUCUGGAUUGGAACAAGAUAUCGACGAAUCUAACGAUGUUGGAAAUGGCCGGAAAUCCAUUAGUUUGCAAUUUUGAUAAUUCUCCUUUCAUUCAUAUCAGAUCAAAUCACUCUUGCAAAGUACACAGAAGUGAGGGUUGUGAUGAAGGCAAGUCUUAA